AUGCAUAGAUUUUUUAAAAGAAAAGUUCCAGAACCGGAAGAACAAAAUACUAGAAAUGUUACAGUUGGAGAAUUUGAUUUUUCACAACUACCAACAGAUCCUGGACUAAGGAUUCCCAUUUGUUCUUAUAAUGCUAACAUUAGGGAUCAAGUUCGAAGGAUAUAUUUGCAAAAAGGCCCAUGUCAACCUUCAGGUUAUGAAUUCCCAAAACGAAAAUUUGGAGUAAGCCAAUUUAGACGGUUCAAUCCUUCAUGGUUUAAGGAAUUUGGCGAUUGGUUGGAAUAUAGUAUAGAAAAAGAUGCAGCGUAUUGUUUGUAUUAUUAUCUUUUCAAGACAACUAAGGGAAAACAAGCAGGAGGAGAGACUUUUGUUAGCGAAGGAUUCACAAAUUGGAAGGGUAAAGAUAGAUUAAAUAUUCAUGUUGGCCAACAUGAUAGUGAACAUCAUAAAGCUCGAAUGAAUUGUGAAGCUUUGAUGAAUCAAGAUGAACACAUCCAAUCAAUUUUGCACAAACAGUCAAAGCAAAUGCAAAGUGAUUAUCGUAUCCGUCUCACUGCUUCGAUUGAUUGUAUUAGAGUUUUGUUGCGACAAGGGAAUUCAUUUCGGGGUCAUGAUGAGACUGAAGGUUCUCUUAAUCCGGGUAACUUUCUUAUUCAACUGGAGUUUUUAGGUGCUCAUAAUAAAGAGAUUAAUGAUGUGAUAUUGAAAAAUGCUCCUAAAAAUUGCAAGUUAACAUCACCGGAUAUUCAGAAGGAUAUAGUAAGGGCUUGUGCAACUGAAACAAUUAAUGUUAUUAUCAAAGAUAUUGGUAAUUCAUUAUUCUCUAUUUUAGUUGAUGAAUCUCGUGAUGUGUCAAUGAAGGAGCAAAUGUCAGUUGUUUUGCGCUAUGUGGAUAGUAGUGGGCAUAUAAAUGAGUGUUUUAUUGGAAUUGAACAUGUUACUAAUACUACAACACUCUCACUUAAAGCUGCUAUUGAUAAGAUGUUCGCUAAAUAUAAUUUGAGCAUAUCUAAUGUGAGAGGACAAGGUUUUGAUGGAGCAAGUAAUAUGCAAGGUAAAUUUAAUAGUCUAAAAGCACUCAUUUUAAAGGAGAACCCAUAUGCAUUUUACAUACAUUAUUUUGCCCAUCAGCUUCAACUAGCUCUUAUAGUUGUGGCCAAGAAAAAUCUUCCAAUUUCUAAUUUCUUUCGUAUUGUUGGUGAUGUGGUAAAUGUUGUUGGAUCAUCCUGCAAACGUUCUGAUCUUCUUAAGGAGAAACAUUCAAAUUUUAUUGUUGAAGCACUAGAGAGAGGUGAAAUUUCAAGUGGUCGAGGGCUUAAUCAAGAAACUACCCUUCAACGUGAUAGGGAUACACGUUGGGGGUCACAUUACAAUUCUUUGAACAGUUUGAUUUCUAUGUUCUCUGCUGUCAGUGAUGUGCUUGAAAUGAUUUCAGAAGAUGAUUCCAGUUCUCCUGAUCAAAAAACUGAGGCAUUUAAUUUAUUGGAGUCAAUACUUUCAUUUGAUUUUGUAUUCAAUCUACACUUGAUGAAACAUGUCUUAGGGAUUUUGAGUGAAUUGUCGAUGGCAUUACAAAAGAAAGAUCAGGAUAUUGUAAAUGCAAUGGAUUUGGUACAAGUAUGCAAACACCGACUCCAAAAUAUGAGAGAAGAUGGUUGGGAUUCGUUUUUAGAAAAGGUUCACUAUUUUUGUCAACAACAUUACAUUGAUUAUCUCAAAAUGGAUGAUAUGUUCACACGUUGGGCACCACGUGGUCGUCCCCAUCGUAAUCCACCAGAAGUGACAAAUUUACAUCACUAUCGAGUUGAUUUAUUUUAUGGUGUUAUUGAUAUGCAACUUCAAGAAUUAAAUGAUCGUUUCUCAGAGGCAAGUACAGAGUUACUUCUUUGUGUAGCUUGUUUGUGUCCACAAAACUCUUUUAUAGCUUUUGACAAAAAAAAAUUGUUGCAACUGGUUGAGUUUUAUCCACAAGAUUUCUCAAGAUUUGAUCUUCUCGUACUUGAUGAUCAACUUGAAACUUAUAUAUGUGAUAUGCAUUCUAACAAAACAUUUCAAGGAUUGAAAGACCUCUGUGAUCUUUCAAAGAAGUUAGUUAUGUCAAAGAAAAGUAUGGUGUAUCCAUUGGUUUUUAAGCUUUUGACAUUAGCAUUAGUUUUACCAGUUGUGACUGCGUCUGUAGAGAGAGUGUUUUCUGCCAUGAGAAUUGUGAAAGACAGGUUACGCAAUCGAAUGAGUGACGAUUGGAUGAAUGAUAGUCUUAUUGUCUAUGUAGAGAAAGAUAUAUUUCUAACGGUUGAUAAUGAAGCUAUUAUACAAAAGUUUCAAAAUAUGAAGACUCGAAAAGAAAAAUUGUAA